AUGCAUACUGCCUCCCCCUAUCCUUCUGUGUUUAGGGUGUCCCAACUGGCCUUGGCAGCAACUGCUAUUUUACCUGAAGAUAGUAAAACUUUGGAUUACAAUACUGUGAUAUGCUGUCUACAGAGGCAUUCCUGUGUGGUGGUAUGUAGUCAGCACUUAAGUGCCAAUUUUCCAUGGAACUAUUUCUCAUUAGUAGUGGAAUAUGACUACUUGGAACCAUCUGGUUGGACUCAUCACUGCAAGGACAAGGAUAUCAGCCACAUAGCAUUUAAAACUGUCCUUCCCAAUGUGAUAAGCAAUAAUAUACACUCACAAGGUCUUCCAAAUGAAACCUUCAAAUGGAAUUCAUCUGUCCUCCUAAUGGAACUCGAGGUUCCUUUUGUGUUUCUUGCAACUGAGGGUCUAAUUCGCUCCUCACAACUUCUGCAAAACCUGGAGUCAAGAUAUAAUAUUACUAUUUUAGAAAGAAGCUGUCCUGUGUCCGUGCAACUUUUUGAAGGAAUGUUGUGUGAGGCAAUUAUUACAGUAGAUGAAAGUACUGCAGUAGUUGUACAGGAAAUAGAACAGCUGACAGAGGAGAAAGCAGCCGAUUGCUUUAUCCUGAGAAUGCUGGCAUUAUCUCUGCAGUACACCUGCUGUUGGAUAAUUUUAAGUGUUACAGACACAUCAAGGUACACUUUUACUGGCAAAGUAUUCUGUAAUCUGGUACUAAUAUAUGCUGCACUAGUGCUCUUGGGGCUAAAGUCAGAGGACCUGGAAAUUAAGGUAUUAAUUUCAUCAAACACAGCUGAAACAGCACAACUAAUACAUCAGAUAGGUAGCUUUACACUAAUGUCUUCCAAGACUGACCCCUUAAUCUGGCUUGAUAGAUCUUGGCUUUCUGUUGUAGCAUCAGAGGCAGAGCAAUGCCUGCUCAGUUUCCCUUGUAUUAACUCCUUUGCAGCACAACUUAUGUUGAAAAGGACACCAUCACUUGACUGGCUAUUUGCGGCAACACAUAGUGAGCUACAAGAGGUUCUUCCUGAAAUCCCCAAUAAAGCCAUAAAGCUCUUCACUAGUACAACAGCACUCUACAAAUUAAACGCAUCACAUUCACCAACACCACGGGAAUCUCAGGAAAUAUCAGGGGACCGUAAGGAAUCUUGCUCCCAUUGUACUGUUGAGAAAACUUUCCCACCCACAUUGGAUGUUUCUGCACAGCAAUUUCUAGAAGAUGAAAUUUACAGUUCUCAGUACCGUUUGGAAUUCAGUCAGAAAUGUGACAAUUGUUUUGCUGAAAAUCAACAAAUAGAAAACCUGGGAAUAUCCAACUAUACUAAAAAUGAUUGGAGACAAAAGAGGAUCAGUGUGGCUCCUUUACAAAACAGUAAUAUGGUAACCCAAAAUAUUUCUAAUAGCUCAGUUCCAAAUAAGGACACAUGCGACAGGAAUCAAUUUGUGCACCGUUCACCUGAGAAAGAAUACUCAAAAUUCACAUGCUGUAACAGAUCAAGAAUUUUCACUAAAGAAUUACAAAGCUCUCAAGGUACCAACAGUCAGGCAUCAGUCCUGCCAUUAAAAAGACCACUGUCUUACAAGCGUCAAACCACCCAAAGUGCAGUCGAUUUUUCUGUUGGAGGAAAUGUUGUGUAUCGUCUGCCUAGCAAUUCCUCUCCUACACAAAGAGAUAACUUUGAGUUUGGAUAUGAGAAAGCAAAUUCUUGGAAUUUAAGUAACCUCUCUCCAGACUGCAGCAGACUGCAUGAAAAUAUCGCAGAAAUGAGAAAAGGGAUGUUUAAUGGAUCAGAGAACGCUGGACAACUGUUAUUUUCUCCUCAACAAAAAAGAAAAUGUUUGACCUAUGAAAAGAUUCCUGGUAGGAGUGAUGGGCAGACAAGACUCACAUUCUUCUCACACAAGUGAGCUUUUGCCCGAAGUAUGGAUGACAACUUUUAGAUCAACUGAAGCAGUGACAGUGAUUUACUUCAUGAGCAUCUCAAGGUGUCAGCAUCCAAAUUUUCUUUAUUAAUAAUUGCCAUUCUUCUUCUUUGAAUUACAUAUUGUAUUUAUUAUAUGUUGCUAAGUGUGUUAAAGUUCUUAGCUUUAUAAGAAUCGUUUGUGUCAUAUAAAAGAGUUAAAUAUUUUAUAUCUAUUGAGUGUUUGGUGUAUUGUAAUA